UCCGGUGGGCGGGGCUACACAGAACCCGGGUGGCGGCGGCGGCCGCGGCAGGAAAUCGGGGCUGUGCCCCGCCGGGCCGAGAUCCCAUCCUAGACCCCGUCCCCGCCAAGCGAUCCUCGGGUCUGGUCAUGGACGCAGCAGAGCCGGGGCUACCGCCGGCUCCAGAGAGCAGGAAGAGGUACAGUGACAUCUUCCGGAGCCUGGACAACCUUGAGAUCUCACUGGGGAACGUGACCCUUGAGAUGCCGCCUGGAGACCCCGUGCUUUCAGGAGACCCAGAGUCUGACAAGAUCCCCACAGCCACUGAGACCAGUGAACCCAGCCUUUGGAGUGGCCUCUCCCUGGAGGGCCCUGUACCGCUUACAGGGGAGGAACUGGACUUGCGGCUCACUCGGAGCAAGGGGGGCGUGGAUGCAGCACUGGAGUAUGCCAAGACCUGGAGCCGCUAUGCCAAGGAGCUGCUGGCCUGGACCGAGAAGAGAGCCAACCUAGAGCUAGAGUUUACCAAAAGCAUCAUGAAGAUUGCUGAGGCUGGCAAGGUGGCAAUCCACCAGCAGAGCCACAUGCCACUGCAGUAUAUCUACACCCUGUUUCUGGAACACGACCUCAGCCUGGGAGCCCUGGCCAUGGAAACAGUGGCCCAGCAAAAAAAAAAUUACUCCCAGCCCCUGGCAGCCAAACGAACUGAGAUCGAGAAGUGGCGGAAGGAGUUUAAGGAGCAGUGGCUGAAAGAGCAGAAGCGGAUGAAUGAGGCGGUGCAGGCACUGCGGAGGGCCCAGCAACAGUACCUGCAGCGCAGCGAGGACCUGUGGGUUCGCUCCCAGGCGUCCCCCGAGGACCCAGCACCCCAGGCCUCGCCAGGACCCAGCAAACAGCAGGAGCGGCGGCGGCGAUCUCGAGAAGAGGCUCAGGCCAAGGUGCAGGAGGCCUUGGUGCUGUACCAGGCCUGUGUCCGCGAGGCGAAUGCACGGCAGCAGGACCUGGAGGCCGCCAAGCAGCGGAUCGUGUCGCAUGUGCGCAAGCUGGUGCUGCAGGGGGACGAAGUGCUGAGGCGGGUAACUCUGGGACUCCUAGGGCUUCGAGGGGCACAAGCAGAGCGUGGUCCCCGUGCCUUCUCUGCCUUGGCUGAGUGCUGUGAGCCCUUUGAGCCUGGCCAGCGCUACCAGGAGUACGUGAGGGCGCUGCGGCCCGAGGCCCCACCACCUCCGCCACCUGCCUUCUCCUUCCAGGAGUUCAUGCCCACUGCACACAGCUCCUCUCUGGACUCAAGAAAGAAGCUCUCUGGCCCGCUACCCCCACGGCUGGAUGAGAGUACGGCGGAGGCAGGCCUUGGCGAGGAUGUAGGCACAGGCUGGCAGGGCCCCACUCCAGGCAGCGAUGUGGACAGCAUGGGCGGUGGCAGCGAGUCUCGGUCGCUGGACUCUCCGACUUCCAGCCCAGGCCCUGGCACAAGGCGAUUGGUGAAGGUGGCAUCCACAGGCACCGAGUCCUCAGAUGACUUUGAGGAGCGAGACCCUGACCUGGGAGAUGGGCUGGAGAACGGCUCAGGAAGCCCCUUCAGGAAAUGGACACUAUCUGGCGCAGCCCAGACCCACCGGCUGCGGCGGCUCCGGGGCCCAGCCAAGUGCCGCGAGUGUGAAGCCUUCAUGGUCAAUGGGAUUGAGUGUGAGGAGUGCUUUCUGACCUGUCACAAGCGGUGCCUGGAGACUCUACUCAUCCUCUGUGGACAUAAGCGACUCCCAGUCCGGACUCCCCUCUUUGGUGUUGACUUCCUGCAGCUGCCCAGGGACUUCCCGGAGGAGGUGCCCUUUGUGAUCACCAGGUGUACGGCCGAGAUAGAGCAGCGUGCCCUGGGUGUGCAGGGCAUUUAUCGGAUCAGCGGGUCCCGAGUCCGUGUGGAGCGGCUGUGCCAGGCUUUCGAGAAUGGCCGAAGUUUGGUGGACUUGUCAGGAAACUCGCCUCAUGAUGUCUCGAGUGUCCUCAAGCGAUUCCUCCAGGAGCUCACUGACCCCGUGGUCCCCUUCCACCUCUACGAUGCCUUCAUCUCUCUGGCUAAGACCCUGCAUGCAGACCCUGGGCACGACCCCGGGACCCCCAGCCCCAGCCCUGAGGUUAUCCGCUCGCUGAAGACCCUCUUGGUGCAGCUGCCUGACUCUAACUACAGCACCCUGCGGCACCUGGUGGCCCAUCUGUUCAGGGUGGCUGCACAGUUUGAGGAAAACAAGAUGUCUGCCAACAACCUGGGCAUUGUGUUUGGGCCGACGCUGCUGCGGCCACCGGACGGUCCAGGAGCAGCUGGUGCUGGCCCUGUCACCUGCCUACUAGACUCUGGGCACCAGGCCCAGCUCAUCGAGUUCCUCAUUGUAUACUACGAGCAAAUCUUUGGGAUGGACGACCUCCCCAUGGCCACUGAGCCUCUACCCCAAGACCCCAGUCCAGCUUCUGGGGCUCUCACAACCAACCCCCAGCCACCACCCGCAGACCCUGCCCCAGAUACCCUGCCCCCAGCCCUAACCUCAGACCCCAACUUAGACCCUGAGCCCCAUGCUACCUUGGAGAAGCAUCCUGAAGCUACGCCUCCUGAGAUUCCAGCUCCACAGAGUGACCAGAGAGAAGUGACUGAGGACACCAAAGAGGAAGGAGAGGAAAUGUCCAGCCAAGGUCCAGAGGACUCACUCCUGGGAACACAAUCCCGUGGCCACUUCAGCCGCCAGCCAGUGAAAUAUCCCCGGGGCGGCGUUCGGCCCGUCACCCACCAGCUGUCCAGCUUGGCCCUGGUGGCUUCCAAAUUGUGCGAGGAGACCCCUGUGACAUCAGUGCCCAGAGGGAGCUUGCGGAGGCGGGGACCUGGCCCUGCCUCCUCCUCCCCCCCUGAGGGCAGCCCUCUGCGCCGCACCCCGAUGCCCAAGCAUUUUGAGAUCACCCAAGAGACAGCCCGACUACUCUCCAAGCUACACAGCGAGGCUGUGCCCAAGGCCACCUCCUGCCCAGAUUCCCAACCUGAGGAAGCCGAGGACCAUCUCUGACCAUCCCAGCAUUCUGACCAAGGGGGAAAGGACUCAGAAGGUGUUCAGUGUUGGGGGGUCUGAAGAGUUCCUGUAAGGGAAGACUACAUGGCCUCGGGUACUAAAACCCUUUUGGAGGCAAUGUAUCAGGAUCCCUCAGCUAGACACGAGCCCUUGCCAAACAUCAGGGCUGCUCAGGUUCAGAGGUUAGUCAGGGUCAAUACUCAGGGUCAGUACAGGUCAUGGGAUCUUUGACGUCCACCCCCUAGGACAGGGGUGCCUUUUGCUACUUCAGUUGUGGCCACUCCCCUACCUCUGCCUGCCUUCUUAGCUGACCUCAGGUGACCAGCACUUGGGAGUGGGCAGCCCAAACUCAACAUCCUGGUGUUACCUAGGGUGUGAUGGCCUCAGAAUAAACUGUGUCCUUUAUA